AUGGCAACCACCACAGCACAGCCUUAUCUUCUUCGAGAACCCUCAGAAUUCCCCUUCUUCAAUAACGGUGACGUUUUGAUCAUCGUUCCUCCUAGCGACGUAUACAAAUUGCACUCCGACGUCCUCAAACGCUGUUCGCCAAAGCAUAUGGGAGCUCUCCUGGCAUCAAAAUACGCAGCACAAUUGACCAAAGCUGCUGUGAGCAGCGGGUGUUUCACUCGCUUCAAGCUCGCACUGGAGUACUCCGAAGAUCACCCAAACGGUGCUUUGCAAAGAAAGGAGGUAGACAAAUUUGGUCGUACUGCUACAGAAACCAAUCCUCGUGCAUUGUUUGGCAAUAUCUAUAACGAAUCCCUCCCUGCAUAUGCGCCAGAAUGCUGGAAAAAUCUGCUCGGCGCCUUUUACAACAUUGAGCCAGACAUGAGUGGCGCCUGUUUCAUUACAGUGCUGGAGAAAAGCGUGCGCCUGAUGGACACAGCAGACAGCAUCGGUGCUGCGGCGGCCGUGCGUGCAUACGUCGACAAUUCCCUUAUGCGCCAGGGCCAGAUGCUUUACCGUGCUGUGCUAGCAAAUCCUAUUUCAUGGGGGAAUCUUGCCAUGAGGGUUCAAUCCCCGUCCAUCUUCAACGAUUCUGUUAUACACGUGGUCGGUAGAUGGAACGCUCUGAAGAGAAGCGAAAAGAGAGGCAUGAACCCGCAAUUUCGAGCUAUUUGCGAGCAGAAGGCUGCACAACUGUACAAGAUUAAAGGUGCCAUUGAGAUGCGCAUCACGGGACAUAUCCCCAAAGUUUGCUGGAGGCAGGAGGGCAGAGACUCGACUUCACGAGUGAGUUAUGCCAACGAUGUAUACAUGUGGAUGGCCAUCUCCAUUCACUCGCGGUGGUUCUUUCAGGUCACUGGCAUAGAGCGUCGAGGACGCGAUGGUCCCGAUGGCGGCGCAGCUCUUUACAGGGCCGUUCACGAAGCCGGAACUUCGUAUCUCAAUGUCCAGGACUAUGUCAAUUUUCAUAAUAUCUGUCCCAUGUCAAAAAAGGCGCGCACGAUUCUAUACGACAAGAUCCGGCAGGUGAAAUACGAAGUUCGCGAUUACGUCAAGGGGUUAGUGGUUAAUAAGUCACAACUUGACCUUAAAGAUGACGUGCAUGUAGAGCAUCUCUUGUGUACUGAAAUGACGCCGGCGGAUCUCCCGUGGAACAGGACGGAUUCUGAUCAGCUUAUGCCUUCAGGAUUGUCAGAUGAUGCCGAAGGAGAGGGGGAAUCACAGAGAGAAGGGGGUAUUCCACCGAAUGACACUGUGUUUGGCUCUGAAAUUCGUCCAGAAGGCGUUCAAACAACCGUUGUUCCUGUCCUGGGUGCAGUCUCACAGUAA